AUGCCGAGGUUCCAUCCGUUUCACGAGGAGUUACUGAAAAAAUGGAAAUUAAAACUUUCCAUCGGUGCAAAAUUGUUUUCUAAUCCUACGCUGAACGAAGUUUUUAAGGAUGAUCCGUAUAUUGAGAAUUGGCUGCAAGGAUUGCAAGAUGGAAAAGAACUUUCUAGGAGUUUGUCAAUACACGAAAAUACAAACAUCCAAUCGGAUGAUGUGAUGUUAAGUGAAGGCGAGCAAACGCAAUCACCAUCACCAUUCCAGUCAGAAUCAUUGAAGAUUAUCCAGAAUGUGAGAUUGAAAUUCGAGGUGUGCAUUCAAACUGGGAAUUCCGAAAAGGUUGACGAGGCUUUGUCGGAGUUUAAUAGUCUAAUGAGACUGCCGCACGCGCAGCUUCACAAGAUCCUUGAGGACUUGGGUUUAGCGCAACUUAACGAAGAAAUUUUGACAAUUCUAUGUGACGAUAUUGUACGACACGAAGAUAUUGCAUAUCAAAAUUACGUAGUAUUUUUUAGAUACGCGUUUUUGGAAAAGGUGCGACGGUUAACCUCAAAGCCUUCGCGUAAUCUUCUGUCAACCAUUACGAACACUGCCAAAGCAAAGGGCAAGCCAAUCGUCUACGGAUUGCUAUUACCUUUGAUCACAGAAUCUUCUGAGAUAGAAACUCCUCAGCUGGAGGUGAUCACUAGAACCAUUGACAGCGGAUUAGACGAAGAUUCUGUUGUGGCACUAUUAACAGAAUUAUUCUCAAAUUCCUAUACACCCUCUGCGACAGUUUUACCAUCAUCCAUUCAAUCUCUACCUCCCCCGAUCCCACAACGUUUAACUCAGUGGACUGACUCGAUGAUUGAAAUAGUAUUCACUAUUAUCAAUCAAAACUUUCAGAUUGAGUCCUCUCACGCGCUGACAACAUCCAACCAAAGUCAAUCCAUUUUCUCAAAAUUAUUAUUCUAUCUCGAUUCGAACAUCGAAAGAUUACCGACACACACAAAACUAUGCCAAAUAUUGAUGCUGUUGGUAACCAAGCAUGCGAAUAGUGUCAUGGACAAUCUUGAUGAGAUCAGGGAGAUCGCGGAGAAGUCGAAGGCAUUUAUAAGGAAAGGCAUUAUAGGAAGAGAUAUUACCAAGCCUCCACUUAAUCCAGUUGUCAGCGAAGAGGAAAUCACACGUAACAUUGAGGCCAUUCGUAUUAAUAAAGGUCGCGGUGUAAAAUCUAAGAAAAGUUCCAAGUCAUCUUCGAUCCCUGCCAACGAUCCUUCAGAUGAUAAAAGACCAACGAGGAAGAAAGCAAUGCGAGUUUGGGAUGAUAAGGUGACCGAAGAGGAAAUGAAAAGUCUCGAUUACAGCGGACAAAACGGUGGUGCCGAUGAGUCGCCCGGGACUAUUAAUCAUCAUCUUGUCGACGAAAACCAAUUGGGUUAUUUCCAAAAUGGUCAAAAAGAGAUCACUGAACAGAACCUUGCACCAGUAUUGGCACAAAUGAAGGAGCAUUUGAUUAAAAAGAAUGUUGCCGCUGAUAUUGCAACACAUUUGUGUGAUUCGGUGGCUAGGAAUCUCGUGGGUCAAAAGACAGGAAAUUUUAAAACUAUUCAAUCAACUGUGAAACAAUCCAUGGAGGUAGCCGCGAAGCGUAUCCUGACACCAAAGACAUCAGUUGAUUUAUUGCGGGAUAUUUCACAGGCACAAGCCGAGUCACGUCCUUACACCAUUUGCUUUAUAGGAGUUAAUGGAGUUGGAAAAUCCACAAACUUGUCAAAAACAUGUUUCUGGUUGUUGCAAAACGGUUUAAAGGUUCUCAUUGCUGCGUGCGACACCUUCAGAUCAGGUGCUGUGGAACAAUUAAGGGUACAUGUUCGAAAUUUAAAUGCAUUGGGGCAAAAUUCCACCGUCGAAUUAUAUGAACGUGGUUACGGAAAGGACGCUGCUGGUAUUGCCAAAGAUGCGAUCAAUUACGGCAAAGUAAACAGGUUCGAUGUUGUGUUGAUUGACACAGCCGGUCGCAUGCAAGACAACGAACCGCUUAUGCGGGCGUUAGCCAAAUUGGUUUCAGUAAACAAUCCGGACAAAAUAAUAUUUGUUGGAGAAGCUUUAGUGGGCAACGAAGCAGUUGACCAACUCACGAAAUUCAAUCAGGCUUUGAAGGAUUUUUCGGGGUUGCAGAACCCAAGGCAUAUUGAUGGAAUCAUACUGACAAAAUUUGAUACAAUUGAUGACAAGGUGGGAGCUGCUUUGUCGAUGGCCUACAUAACAGGGCAACCAAUACUGUUCGUGGGAACCGGACAAACUUAUACAGAUCUAAAAACUAUGAGA